CGAGCCGAAGCCUGCCUUCAGUUGUGCUUCGGCCGUGCCGUGGCGUGCUCUCUGCGAGCGUGCCGACGCCGUCCUCGCCGCCGUGGCUCGCCGCGUGUCGCCGCGCUUCGCCGCGCUUGAGGCCGGAGCGUCGCCGAGCGUCGUGGACCUCGAGGAGCCCACCUGCCCGCCGGCGGCGUCCCCUACCGUGCCGCCCGCCGCCGCCAUGGAGGCCGCCAACCCCAAGCCCAUGGACAUCUCCCUGCUCAUCGAGGAGGUGCAGAAGCGGCCCGCGCUCUGGGACCAGAGCAACCAGCACCGCCACAACCGGGAGGUCCUCGACGUGCUGUGGGAGGAAGUGGCGAGGGUGUUCAACGCCGUGCCCGACGAGAUCCGGAAGAAGUGGAAGGGACUCCGCGACACGUUCCGCAAGGAGCUGCGCAAGUACCCCAACGGCUUCGACGGCGACCUGCCCGAGGACGAGUUCCCGCAGUGGGUGUUCUUCAAGCCGCUCUACUCCUUCCUCAAGGGGCAGAUGAAGGCGCGCAAGAACGACGCGAUGCAGCCCAACGGCUACCACUACGUGAACGUGGGCGGCAACUGGGUGCCCAAGGACGACGGCGACGAGGACACGGCCGAGGACCUGCUCGACCGCGCCGACCUGGAGCCCAUCGUGGCCUGCGACACGCUGCGGGAGCUCGGUGCUCGCGGGCUGAAGCGCGCCGCCACGGACGACCUCCUCGCGGACGACGAGGACUACCACUUCUUCUUGAGCCUGCUGCCGCACGUCCGCAAGCUGGAGCCGGUCCGCAAGCUGCAGAUCCGGGCCCGGAUCCAGGACAUGAUCUGCCGCGAGGUGUACGGCGACCCGGAGCUGCAGGGUGGCGUCGGCACGGUGGUGUCGGCGGCGUCGCCGUCGUCCGUGAUCGUCUCGCAGUCGGACGUCGUCCUCUGCGACGUCAAACCUUUCGUGACGCAACUCUGAACUCAAGAGCGGGAUAAACCGCCCGUUAAACUGAAAGGCCUGUAGUGACCUGAAGUCUGUAGUGACCUGUGGCCCAAGUGAAGCAAAUAAGACUGAUGACUAUCUUGUUUCGCGCCUGCUUUGGGACCCAUUCAUUCAGUGAUACGAUGAAUGACAGAGCAGGCUGCCGACACGAGAGCGUACCUGAUUGUGAAGUACAACAUAUCUGCUAGAUAUCAGCGCUGUACUGUGUAUAUAUCUUCGGAUGUUUCUUAUUUCAUUCAUUGUUCUGCGGUUCACUGUAUGGAGAAUCUCAAACUUCUGAAGAAGACAAACAGGAGGAUCGGCCGGGGACAAAUGUAAAACGGCAUUUGUUCUUAGCUAAAGACGACCUCUUGUUCCCUAUUUUUGUUACAAGUAUUAUUUUGUGAUCUCUGUCUUAUUGGAUUAGAUGUAAACUUUAGGAAUCAA